AUGUGGAAUCGGUCCGACGUCAUUCCAUCAACCGCAAACGACAUGACCGUGGAACUUCAAACCCUUAUAGAUGAAAUGAGAUUACAAGACUUUGACUCUAUACGAUUUGCAACAUAUCGAGCUGCUUGCAAAUUAAGAUUUAUUCAGAAGCGUACAAAUGUGCAUAUGGUCGAUAUAUGGAACAUAAUUGAGUCAUUUCGGGAAAAUGCACUGAAUGGAGUUCCUGUAGAUACUCAGGUGAAAAUUUCUCGAUUGGAGUUGCUACUAACUACCAUAUUUCAUAAUCUAAACAAGCGACUACCAAAUGCGCAACAUAUUGAUACUGAUAAAUCAAUUUCUCUUCUCCUUAGUUUUUUGGUUGGUGCGUACGACAGAUUGCAGUCUGGUCGACUUACAGUAUUUUCUGUGAAAAUUGCAUUGGCAACCAUCUGUGCAGGGAAACUGGUGGAUAAAUUAAGAUGUAUAGUGAACCUGAACACCUUUUUGGACGUUAUAAUGAACGAUUCGUGCCCUCCGUGCCUUAUGUGGUUGCCUUUGCUACAUCGUAUGGCCAGCGUCGAACAUGUUUAUCAUCCGGUUACUUGUGAUGCGUGCCAGGCAAGUUCCUUCAUGGGAUUUCGCUACAAGUGCCAAAGGUGCACUAAUUAUCAACUUUGUCAACAGUGCUUUUGGAGGGGACGUACCAGUUCAACUCAUUCUAAUGAGCAUGAGAUGAAGGAGUACUCAAGCUAUAAGUCGCCUACCAAACAGUUAGCGCAUUCAAUUCAUAAAUCUCUUCGGUGUGUUCCUCCUUCAAGUCGUUCAACUCAUCCCAUUUUUCCCGAACGUCCUCAAAGACCUCUGGACCUCACCAACGUGGUCCCCCUAACUCCAUCUUCUGCGAGGCGUCAGCUUAUAGAAAGCUCAAAUGAUUGGUCUAGUCAACUUCUACCCGGUCAGUUCCCUGUUAAUGGGCUACUAAUGGACGACGAACAUAAACUAAUAGCUCGAUAUUCUGCAAAACUUGCUGGAAGGACUCAAUAUCCACUAAAUCUGGCCUUGAAAGAGAAAGACCGUUACGGCGUUUACGAUGAGGUUAACGAUGAGCGUGCGAUGAUAGCUAGGCUUGAAGAAGAAAACGAAGAGAUGCUUCGAGAAAUGGAACAUCUAAAACAGCAGGAACUUGAUGGUACUGAUGACCAGUUAAGUGAACUGCGGGAGAGGAAAGCACAGUUAGAAGAAAAAAUGCAUAAAAUGCAACAAACGCGUCGUCAGCUCAUGCAACAACUUGAAUCAUUGAUGUUGCAUCUCAAUGUCUGCUUCCGAUCCAACUCUGAUUUGAUAGAUUUAGACAAUUUAGAAGAAGAUUGA